CCGGCAGGGCUUGAUUAGGCUUAAAGGGAAACAUGGUGUGGAUGGGAAUGCCGCAAUACGAUGGGGGCGUUUGAAUUAAUGUAUACGAUUAUGAUAAUGAAUAUUUUCAAAUGAUUUACCCGUCAAGUGGGAAUGAGGAUUUCUGUUAACCGGAUUCAUUAACGAUGAACCAAGUAGCCCGUAUAUAUAAAUUGUCAUGGUGGUUGCAUGCUGAGAGUGGACUUGAAUUAAGGUUGCCAGUAAGAUCGAGAUGGAACAAUCAAUGAGAUCUGACACCAAGUUUUCUCAGAAUUCCCACUCGUUAAACUGAUGAUCACCAACCGUGACAAAUGGCUUGUAAAGAGAGAAUUGAGUGAGCCAGAGUGCUCAUGUUGGUGUUCAACUCAAACCAGUCAGGGAUCUAUUCCACGUUAUAUGUUGCUCAUAUUAUAUUUUAUAAUGCAAAGCCUCUUCAUAAAGUCUUUACCAGCAGCAAGAUUUCCAUGGUCUGGCUGAGAGAGAUGACUUCCGGAAUUUAUAUUAAAUACAUAAUCAGAUGGGAGAGGAAAACUCAAGAGCACGUCAUGACAUGCCUCUCAGGCGGACACGUAGCAAAGUUUACAAAAGUAUAGCAAGUAAAAAGCUGGUGUCUCUUGAAUUUCUUUGCGAGUACUGGAAUGAAGAACCUGCAGAACCACUAGAUUGUGAAGGCAACACACUUCUUCAUUUGCUAGUUAUCAGCAAUAGUGAGAAUGCUUUAAGGAAACUGAUGGAUGAUGGUGAUGUUAGCCAAGCACACCUCACUAAACAAAACCUUAGAGGUGAAACAGCGCUACACGAAGCUGCAAGGCAUGGUAAUUUAGGUAUUGUUGUAUUGCUGUUAGAAAAAGAAAUGAAAUUAAUUCAAAUGCUCAGCUGUUCAGAUCCUAUGUGCAACUGUGAAGAAUGUGCCGAAAAAGGAAAUUUAGCUUCUGUCCCAAAUAAUUUAGGAGAAACGGCACUCUUCCUUGCGGCUGCAUGUGGAAAAUUGGAUAUUUUCAAAUUAAUUCUGAAAUAUGGCAAUGAUGAUUGUACGACACAGAGAAAAGAUGGCUGCACUGUUCUUCAUGCUGCUAUUAUGGGGGAACACUAUUUCACAGCUAACAAAAUAUUGCGUUUGGACCCUGUGCUUGCUCAAAAAUAUAACAAAUCCGGGGAUACCGCUCUGUAUAUCCUGGCCUCAUCACCAUCUUCGUUUCUAGGCUACUCUUUUUAUAAAGCAGCAAAUAUGGGCAAGGUUUCUAUGAUUAUUCUCCGGAGUUUAAGAGCUAUAUUGUUCUGGUGUAUACCACACAUGUAUACUUUGGAAUCAGUGAGAAAAGGUGAUGAGGAGGAUUCAGAUAGAAGAUGGAAAGCCGAGAUCCUUGAAAAAGAAAGAAAUCCAUUUGUCAACCUACUUUUGAGAUUGCCUUGGAUUCAGGAAAUUGAUGAUAAGAAGCGAAAGAAGUUUCUUGCAGUGGCACUUGCAAAGCAACUUCUGGAGGAAGAGGUAGAUUGGAGUCGUUACACAUAUUCUUCACCUAAAGACCAGGAUCAGAAUAAAACUCCGAAUAAAGUACAUUCAAACCCUCUUAUGCGAGCCAUUGAAAUGGGCAUACCCGAACUAGUCGAGGAAAUCCUCCGGUAUAUUCCUGGUGCUGCCAACUCUAUUGACAAGGAUGGAAGGAAUGUCUUCCAUUAUGCAGCCGAGCAUAGGGCUGGUGACAUUUAUGAGAAGCUGAAAGUUUCUGUGGUUAACAAAGACAGAAUGUUGUCAGAUGUUGAUUAUAAAGGAAACACAAUAUUGCAUUAUGCAACAAAAAUCAUGCUUUCCAGUUCCACUAAUCUUUCUAUAGGAAUAGCGAACCUGCUGACUUGGGAAGUCUUUUGGUUUCAGCGCAUAAGACAUGACUGUCCUCCACAUCUAUUUCAUAUGCGGAACAAUGAUGGAUGCACAGCAGAAGAUUUAUUGUUGAAAUACUACAACAAUAAACGAGAAGCAGUGGUGAAAGAAGUGAAAGAAAUGAAUCAAGGCGUAAUGGUUGUGGCAGCAUUGAUUGCCACAGUAAGUUUUGCAGCUGUUUUCACUAUACCCGGAGGAUUUGAUCAAAAUAAUGGCACUCCCCUGUACUAUAAGCAAAAAGACCAUCAUUAUCAUGAGCUGAAUCAGUUUUUCGAUGCUGUUUGGUUUACUUUCUUUGCUUCUGUGACUUCCCUGGGAACUCUUCUAACAACUCAGUUGUCGCGAUUUCAUUGGGAAGAUUUAUACCUUGUACUGCCACUGAGGUACUUGAUUGCUUUAUUGACUCUCUUCCUCUCUGCAGGCUCUAUAGCUCUCACGUUUCACCGGGCCUUAAUACUUAUGGGUUACUUGACUCUAAAAAUCUUUCGAGCCCUCCUCAUCAUCUUCAGCAUCUCGGGCCUAUUUUAUGUUGAUCCCACAUGUUAUGUCUUCAGUUACAUUGUGGAGGUACUUCGACAUUCAAAGCCAUACAAGAGUGUACGUACGUAGUAUAUGUGUUCCAUAUGUCGUCAAAUAAAUAAAAUUGUAUGAAAAGCCGCUAUAAACUUCACACGUUGUAUAGAGCACUUCUCUACUUCCAGAUAUACGGCUGGCUUGGUCAUGGACUCAUGUCCUACUGUUUUCUACUUGACUGAGAAUGAAUUUAUGAUUGUUAUUGUU